UAAGAAUAAGAGGACCUAUUUGUAUUUAAUGCUUCCUGCUUCAACGUUGUAAGGAGAGUGCUAGGGUUUAACGAAUUACAGAGUCGACACAGAGAAGAAGAAGAAGAAGAAGAAGCAAAAAUGGGAGGUAAAGGGAAGAAGAGAAGGGAGAAGAAUUACAGAGCAGCUCAUGGAGGCACUACUAGACUUCCUCCCCCACCCAACACCUCUUCUAUUGAUGCCAUUCCCUCUAAGCUCCGUCAAAUUAUGGCCUUUUCAGGGGAUGGGAAAGGUUCAUCGGACAAUACAGACAGGAAGAAAGGAGAUAGUGCUAAUGGGAAGAGAAUACAUUCAGAAGAUCAAGUUCAAGCUAAAACUACGGGUAACAAACGGAAAGAUGACAAAAGCAGUUUGAGUGGUGUUGGAGCAGAAGAAAGUAAUGCACAUCAGAAGAGAAAUAAAAAGAGAAAAAGAAAGGAAGUAAAGGACCUUCGGUUUGAUACAGCUGAACUGGGCAUUACUAGUUCAAAGAGAAAGGAGCGAAAGAAACAGCGUUUGGCAGAAAUGAAGAAGAAACACAAAAAGGCCAAUACUGAUGAACACAUGGAAUUUCCUGGCCGUGAAGAAAUAAAAUUUGGUGAAGUCGUUGAAGCUCCACCUAAGCUUGCAGUUCCAAAGGCAUUCAAGAAUAAUGCACAUGAUGCUUCAAAAGAAAGACUUCGAUUGCAAGCAGUUGAGGCCUAUAGGCAGCGGAAAGGAUGGACAUCAAGACUGGGGCUUCAGAUUUCUCCACCAAUCACCGAGACUCCAUUGGUAUAGUUUGUCUCAGAGACAACUAGCUGGAUGGGUACAUGAUACCAUGCAAAAUAUCUACACUAAGGAAAUACUUGUCACGGAAAAAGUUAACAGAAAGAAAAAUGGAAAAGGAAGUGGAGACGCGGCUUAAUUAUACAGUAUAUGAGUCUUUUGUUGUAGUUUAUUAGUAUACACAAGUCAUUCUACAUUUAAAUCCUUUUUAAUUUGAAUCUCGUGUUCUGGGCUUCUGUCU